AUGCCCAGUUAUGCCAAGUUCCUCAAAGACAUCUUAAGUAAGAAGAAAAAACUAACUGAGUAUGAAACCGUAGCUUUUACUGAAGGAUGUAAUGCACUUCUGACCAACAAGAUACCUCCUAAGCUUAAGGACCCAAGAAGUUUCAAUAUUCCUUGUUCUAUAAGUGGAAAGGAGAUUGGAAAAGCUUUAUGUGAUUUAUGUGCUAGUAUUAACCUAAUGCCCUUGUCUGUUUUCAACACCUUAGGCAUAGGAGAGGCUAGAUCUACCACUGUCACACUGCAAUUAGCCAACAAAAUCAUUGCUCAUCCAAAAGGGAAGAUUGAGGAUAUGUUAGUUCAAGUUGACAAGUUCAUAUUUCUAGUUGAUUUCAUCAUUCUAGAUUUUGAGGCUGAUAGAGAUAUUCCUAUCAUUUUAAGAAGAUCAUUCUUAGCCACCGGCGAAACUUUAGUUGAUGGCCAAAAAGGAGAACUAACUAUGAGGCUUCAAGACCAGAAAGUCACAUUCAAUGUCUUUAACUUCUUAAAGUACCCUGAUUACUUGGAGGAAUGCUCAGGAGAUAGAGACAAUGUGUCAUGA